AUGGGCGGACGCGUGGAAGUUGAAACGCCAGUGACUGAGACGGCACCUGCUAAAAAAAGAUCCAGGUAUAACUUUAAUUUUUGGUUAAUUGCUUAACAAAAAUGAUUAUAACUUUUUUUCCUAUCCUAUUGACGAUGAAACUAUGAACACGAGCUGACUGCAGAAAAAUGUGUUAUCCCUUGGUAAUUUAUCGAAUCCUGGGAAAAAAAUUGUUUCUUCUCCAUUUUAAAUUUUUUUCAGAACGUUUUUUUUAGAAAGAUUUAUCACUUAAUUUCUCAUACAAGGUAACUCUGAAAGAAAAAUCAUCACCAACUUUUUAUUUUUAAAAAGUUUUCAGCGUUUUCAAGUUGUUCCGGUCCCUGGAGUUUUCUCCCGUGGACGUUGGCGUUGUUCGGACUGGAGCCACGGUUCUGAGAAAAAAGACACCGAUUUCAUUCUGAACUAUGGGCGCAACGCUCGUACCGCCGCCAACGGUUUCGAAUACCAUCUUAUUAGGUUUUUAAUUUUUCAAGCUUCAGCCGUCCCAGAAGAAAAACCACCCAGAGUUGUUGUUGGUCCAGUGGAUUUGGAGGCUUUUCGAAAAGUCAUCUCAGAGGUAUGUUUGUAUUUGUUUUUUUAUUCUUUAAAUGAGAUGACUUUUAGAAGGAUAAUGAAACUCCACAAGUCAAGUCUACAACUUUUUUGGUGACUUCGAUCGAGACGAAUCUCACAUGUUCUUCGCCGUCAGUUUACCACGAAGAAAUCGAAAACACGCCGCACAAAAAAAUCGAAGUCACCCGGGCCAGCAGACAGUUAUACUCGGAUGAGGUAAUAUUCUCGAAAAUUCAGAAAUAUCCCGCUGACUAUGGUAUCAUCAUUUUUUUUUAGCUUCUAGGAACUCCAAAAAUAUUUUAUUUUUUGUUCACGAAUCUCGUUGCAAUGCUGAAAACCUAAGUUUCUUUGGGUGGAAAUGUGUUUCUCAGCUGAAAUUAGUCGAUAAAACUGUUAUGUUCUAGGGUUACGUCUAUUUAGAUUAGAUAAUACUAAUUUUGAUUUUUUUGUAAGAGGCAAGGAAGUUUCGGAGACAGGAAGAAACCGAAAUUUUUUUAAAAAUCUGGAUCUUUUUUUGUUUAUCCGGGCUAAAUUUUUUUCAUAAAUUUUUUUGUAUUUUUUUAUAGACACCUCCAAAGACCACAACGUCUAUAAUCUACGAGACGACAGACACACCAUUCAAAAAACUCAAUCCUGAAGAUGAUGAGCCCAACUUACAUGAGUUGCUCAUCAGAACAAAGAUGUUUCGAGAUCUGAGCACUCUGUCGGAGGCCGAGAAAGUCGCGGCAAAAGUGCUCCUCACCGCAAAGACCAAGGCUCCCAAGACCAUCAUACUGACUGCUCCAGCGACCCCUUCUCCAUCGGCUUCUGCCACAGCGCCGCCAACCGCCCUGCCGACUUUCAACUCUCGCUUUGAAGUGACUCCUGUGCUCAGGGCGGAUCCAGCUAUAACCGUGUCCAAGUCAGAGUCGGUGCUUGCUCCUGAGGCCGCUAAAGUUGCACCAAGUGCACUGGACGGUCCCAACACAUCCCUUCCGGUAAGGAAAUGAAAAAGUAUUCAUCAAGCGAAAAUUUUUCAGCCCAACGUCGUCGAAGAAGACGCCGCUGCCUCGAGCGCCGCGGCGGGCAACAGCAAUUUCAACGCUGCGGCAAUCGACAGCAAGAUAGAACAGGCUAUGGUAGAUAUUUCGAACUUCUCAAAAACUUGUCCACGUUUUGUAGGACCUUGUCAAGACUCAUCUGACCUACGCUGUACGCGAACAGGUCGACGUCCUCCGCCAAACAAUAGCCGAUCUUGAACAGAAGGUCUGAGAAAAACCGUCUCUUUCUUAAUUUAUCCCUAUUUAGGUGUCUCUUCUCCAAAAGGAAAACACGGUUUUGCGUCAACACGUUCCGGCCGAAGCUUUGGGUAAAAUUGUGGGACCUGGCGACAACCAGUCGACCAUCAGCAGCCAGUAA